AUGACCGACUCACCUCCGCAACGGGCUGGGAGCCCAAAUCCAAUGCUUCAACGAGCAUUCUCGUUACCCAUCAGCCAAAGAGCGUGGAGAGAAGUACAGAAAGGGCCACCAUCUAUCGCAUUAGAGCUCCAGGAGAAGAUUCCUGUGACGCACAAUCUCGCCCCAGGCGAGCUACUUGUCAAAGUUGAAGCUGCUGCCCUGAAUCCAAUAAACUACAAACUAAUGGAGAUGCUCCCUAAUACUAUGGCUCGUCGUCCGCACACCGCUGGAAACGACUUUACUGGAACAGUUGUCUCGUCUCAAGGAGUUACAGGUUUUGAGAACGGUGAUCCUGUAUGCGGUUGGGUCUCUCAAUCGAUGGCGCAAAUCACAAGUCAAGGCUCACUCUGUGAAUACGUCCGAGUCAGGAGUGAUCACGUCGUUCGUAGGCCAUCAAAUCUGUCACCCAUCCAGGCCGCAGGCCUAUGCCUUGCUGGGCUCAGUGCCUACAAGUUACUAUACGUGGAUGCAAAGAUCAAAGGAUCAGGACAAAGAGUACUCAUCAAUAACGCGAGCGGGGGUGUUGGAACGUUUGCCGUUCAGAUGGCGAAAGCCUCGGGAUGUCACGUUACUGCUUCGGUCUCUCCUGCCACGCGUGAACUUGUUCUGGGACUUGGAGCAGACGAUGUCUUCGACUAUCACGCCGAGCCAAUAGCGGACGCCUUGACAAGAGAACCGCCAGAGCGCCCCUUUGAUGCCAUCAUCGAUUGUUAUGGGCUCGACAGUAAUCUCUAUGCGAAAUCUGAACACUACCUCAAGCCAGACGGGGUCUUUGCAUCUGUCGCUCCUGCUAAAGGAAGCAUCUUCGGUACCGCCAGUGCUGCUGCUGGGCUCUUUACACAUGCAUGGCGUCCAAAGUGGAUGGGUGGAACGCAGCGAAAGCUUAGUAUGCUCAACCUAGAAAACUCAAAGGAAGAGCUUCGUGCCCUUGCCGCAAUGGUCGAGAGUGGAAAAGUCGUACCGGUGGUCGAUUCUGUCUUCAAGUUUGAUGAUGUCCAGAUGGCGUUUGAACGCCUACAGUCAGGGCACGCUCAUGGCAAAGUUGUGGUGGUGUCUUGA